AUGGUCCUGGCGCUGCGGCCCUCGCUGCUCCAGGGGCUGCUGCCCUCCCGCACCGCGGCCGCGAGGGCGGCGGCCGCUGGCUUGGCGGCGCUUGUGGCGGCGGUGCUGCUCGCCCGCAAGCUCGCGGCCGAGCCCGGGUUGCGGGUGGACGCCGCGGUCCUGCCGGCCUUGGCGCCGAGGCGGAGGCCGGAGGGCACGGCCUGGUGGCGAGGCAGGCUCGCGAUCCAGGACUCGAUCGACGGCGCGGUGCUGCUCACGGGGGCGACCGGGUUCGUCGGCGGGGGCAUCCUCUUCGGGCUGCUGGCGCAGGCCGAGGAGCUCGGCGUCACCCGGAUCGUGCUGCUACUCCGCCGGAAGGACGGGCACACAGUUGCGAGCCGCCUGGCGCACCUGCGCUCCAACGCCGCGUUCCAGGAGGUGCAGGAGAGCAGUUCGACAGGCUCGUGA